GAAGCCGCAUAGACGUCUGGUCUCUGGGAGCCGUCCUCUAUGAAAUCCUCGCGCUUAAGCAUCCGUUUCAAGCGAGCAACAUGGCGGCCACGCUCAUGAAGAUCAUCAGCGCGGAUCCGGCUCCCCUGCCCGACCGCUGCAGUGAGGAGGUCAAGGCGGUGGUCGCGCUGGCCCUGCAAAAGGACCAGAACAAGCGGCCCUCGGCCAAGGAAUUGCUGGCCCACCCGGCCGUGAAGCAGCUCGGGGGGGAGGCCACUGCCAGGCUCGAUGCUUCCUCCGGACUCGACUCGCUCGCGUCCUCCUGGGACGGCGGGAAGAUCAUCGAGGAAGAUGAGAACCUGACACUCCAGUCGCCAGCAGGAACUUUACACUCUACGGAAUUUCGAAUUUUAGAUCACAGCACCGGCGAGGGGAAGUCCCUGAAGGGGAUCCUCGAAGCCGAAGCUUUCGUGGGAAGCGACAUGACAAAGAGCGAUAUGUCGUACACCAUGCCUGUCUCCGAAGGAGACACGCUGACAUCGCUGACUUCCGGAAGGAACACUGGCAGCGGCCUAGCGGAGGCCUUGGAGAUAUCGCUGCAAGGCACUUCUACACUUGUCCCGCACGACAGAAACGACCGGCUCGCCCAGGAGCUGGCGGCCCGUGCCGGGAAGGCGCCAGGUGGAGAAGAUGAUGCCGACGCCAUGACGGGAGCCACCCUGCUUCCGUCUGAGGAGGAGGAGAAGCUGCGGAAGAAGAGGGAAGAGAACGAAGCCUUUGCCGAAGAGAUGCGGCUCUACAAGCUGCAGAUGGAGGCCGAAGGCACGGGCUCUGCCACCAUGCGGCCAUCGAAGACCCCGGAACCGGAGCCUCCGACGCUGUGCUCCAAGAAGCAGCCGGAGCCGAACAAUAGCCCGACCCAGGUCGCCCCAGACGAGGCACUGGCUCUGACGAGUGCGAAUGCAAGCGACGAAGGUGACUUCAGCCCGAGUAGACCAAAGACCAAGCAGGAGCGACGAGAGGAGGAAGCCGAGAAGAGACGCCAGGAGCUCCAACAGGCCAUGGCUGAGGCGGCCCUGGACAAACAGAAGGCUCGGGAGAGGAUGGAGAAGGAGCGUGGUGGCACCAUGAAAGUUGUGGGCACCGACAAGGACAGGUCCUUGACCAGCAGCCCCGGGCUUCGUGGCGCUGGUGCCAGCAUAACUGUUUGUGUAGCCACCAUCAGCGACUUCGCGUUCACAGACCUGAAUCCUACGCCUUAUCUGCUUAAUGGUACAGCCACAUGGACACCCCCUGCCGACACGUCGCCGUAUGUCGACUACCGCGUCUGGUUGCUUACAAGAAGGGAGUUCUCUUUUUCGGUAGACGAGAUUUACUUCAGCGGCAGCCAAGUGGAUGUAGUGCCACUAGGGACGAAUUCUUUGACCUUCUCAAGAAGUCGCGACACAGAGACCACCUUUGGCUACGCACAGUACAUUGCGGUCAUCCCGAACCGGCAGGACGGUGACAGGACUGCAGCAUUCAAUGAAGCCGAUGUUAUUGGCUUGGUGGAUUACGUGCAAAGCCUGGGCGCAUUACAGGUGGAGUCGGUGGCUUUCAGCGACUCGGAUAGCGUCGCCACCUACGUGGCGGGGCCCGUGACGUGGGCAAGGCAGGACACCGACUACGGUUUCGUCGAGACCUUUGCCGUCUACCUGGCUGAUGAUGCUUUUGGAACCAACGAAGUCUUCGUGGCUUCCGCAGCUUCCGGGGAUCUGGGACUCACGAUUCCUGCGGGGACUCUGGCAGAUGGCCGGUCCUAUGCAGCUCAGCUCUUCCAUGGCGGAAAGCAUUGGGGUCCUAUAGGUGCUCGUCUACUGCGUGAACUCCCUGGGCCGGGCCACCUCCGCUGCUUCCGCGCUCUUCACGGACUCAGCUCUGACUGCGCCCUCCUCCACCACGAGCCUGACGGCGACGACGACAACUUCAGGAAGCUUCACCUCUACUUGGACCAGCUCCUCUUCGUCCACAUCUGUUUCCAGCAUGGGCACAAGCAGCAGCACGGCUCCAACGUCGACUGUCACCACCAGUGCCUCCAGCACCAGCACAACUACGUCACAGUCAGCCACAACUACGUCGAGAUCUCUGACGUCGACGUCAAGGACCGCGACUACAACCUCCCACUCUACUUCAUCGACUCGGAGCAGUACCUUCUCCACAACUCUAACAAGUUCCACCUCCAUGAGCAUGAGUACGACCACUUCGUCCCAAAGCCGGACCACAACGACCAACUCUGUUUCGUCAACUUUGAGCGGCACUUCCUCAGCAACGUCAACAGUCAGUUCCACCACCACUCUGAGCAGCAUUACAACGACUUCGUCCCGCAGCCGGACCACAACUACAACAUCUGUUUCUUCAACUUCGAGCGGCACCUCCACCGAAACUUCAACGAUCAGUUCCACCUCGAUAAGCAGUACUACCAUCACUUCGUCCAACAGCCGGACCACAACAAGCUACUCCGUUUCAUCAACUUCAAGCGCUACCUCCUCAGCGACUUCAACAGUCAGUUCCAGCCUCAUGAGCAGCAGCACAACUUCCUCGUCCCACAGCCAGACCACCACAAACCAUGUUUCGUCAACUCUGAGCAGUACCUCUUCGUCAGCCAGUUUCACAUCCACCAGAAGUAG